AUGAAGGUGUUCAUUACUAUUCUGGCUUUGGCUGUGGCCUCCGCCUCGGCCUACGAGACCGUCAUCCGCCCCAAGGACAUUCCGAAGGUGAAGCGGAUCGAGGGUCGCAUCACCAACGGCUACCCGGCGGAGGAGGGCAAGGCUCCCUACACCGUGGGCCUGGGCUUCAGCGGCGGCUGGUGGUGCGGUGGCUCCAUCAUCGCCAACGACUGGGUCCUCACCGCCGAGCACUGCAUCGGAGACGCCGGCUCUGUGACCGUCUACUUCGGCGCCACCUGGCGCACCAACGCCCAGUUCACCCACACCGUUGGCAACGGCAACUUCAUCAAGCACGGAUCCGCCGACAUCGCUCUGAUCCGCAUCCCGCACGUCGACUUCUGGCACAUGGUCAACAAGGUGGAGCUGCCGAGCUACAACGAUCGCUACAACGACUACAACGAGUGGUGGGCAGUGGCCUGCGGCUGGGGAGGCACCUACGACGGAAGCCCCCUGCCCGACUACAUGCAGUGCGCCGACCUCCAGAUCAUCCACAACAGCGAGUGCGCCAGCUACUACGGAACCGGCACCGUGGGCGACAACAUCAUCUGCAUCCGCGUGGUCGACGGCAAGGGAACCUGCGGCGGAGACUCCGGCGGUCCCCUGGUCACCCACGACGGCGGCAAGCUGGUGGGAGUCACCAACUGGGUGUCCUCCGCCGGUUGCCAGGCCGGUCACCCCGCUGGCUUCCAGCGUGUGACCUACCACCUGGACUGGAUCCGCGACCACACCGGAGUGGCCUACUACUAAUCUUUGACGAACUACUAAAUAAAUCAAUUUGAAGCGCAAA